AUGGAAAUAUUUGUUCGUUGGUUUCAAUUGUUACGUAAUAUGUCGACAUCGAAACCUGUCGAAUGGGUUAUUUCUUUAAUAACACGAUUUGAAGAUCAGUUGCCUAUCAAAUGUGGCGAAUUGACGCCAUGUAUGCGUCUAAAUUUGGAACAAAAUAAAGAUUGUCUCAUUUCAUUGAGUCGAUAUAAAUUCUCACUGGUUAUUAAUGGGUUAACAGACAUUUUAAAAACAAUUGAUUCAACGCGUUUUGGUGGACUUGAUCAAGAAAAGAAUAUUUAUGAAUCAUAUUUUAUUGUUUUGGAUGCUGUUGAACAAUGUCUAGUCAAUACAAACAAUAUGGGCACAAGUCGUUUGGAUGAAGCAAUUUAUGUUAAUAAACUAUUGCCUGUUGUUUGCAAAUUAUUAAAUGUGCCUGGCGAUGGUGUAACGGUGCAACAUGUUCGACAAUUAGCAUCUCAUGUUUUAUUUGCAUUAAGUGUCAACAAUUUUAGUACAUUAUUUUCAAAAGUUGUUUCACGUUUGGAAUGUUUAAUUGCAUCCGGUGACGAAACAUGUGAAGCUGGCGAUUUGGAUUUAAUUCAACAUAUGAAUGUUGAUAUGAGCAAACUAACAAGACUUUUAAAUGUUAUGAAUAGUGAAUUGUCUUUGAAGGCUAUAUGGAAUUGGUUAGACACAUAUCCCGAAGAGUUUACAGAUUUACAAAAGCGUCCCAAUGCAGAAUUAAGUGAUAAUUGUGAAAAAUUGUUUGAAUUAUUAGAUAUAUUUCAAGAAAAUAAUAAACGUAAAGUUCAAUAUAUAUGGCCUUUACAAAUGAUGCUCUUAGUUUUGUGUCCCAUCAUAUUGGAAGAAUUAGUUUACUCUAUUGAAAAAGGAGGUCCAUGUUCACAAGAACAUUUAAGAAAGCGUAAUUUUAUCGAUAAUCUUAAACGACAACUUCACUCCAAUGUUAAACAGCAUAGUGAAGCAGCAGCCGUGAUCACAUUUGUUAAAUUAUGCAAAGCAUCAACUUACAUUAAUAAUAAAGAUAGUAACAAUGUUCUAUUCGUUUCAGUACAAUCCGUUAUCGGAGAUUUAAAAUCAAUAUUAUUCAAUCCACAACGUCCAUUUUCACGAGGACCAGACAAAAUAAAUCAAGAUUUAGAAUUGAUGAUUGAAUUUUUUCUUGCUUGUAUUCGUUUAAAUCCACAUAAUAAUGAAGUGUUAAAAGUGUGUUUAAACUUACAAAGUCCAUCAAUGUUUCAUUAUGUUCUUGUCAAAGCACUUUAUCGAAUCAUUACACAACGGCGAUUAUUAUGGUGGCCACAAAUUGAUAUUGUCUAUUCUAAAGCAGGAGAACUAAGAAAUAUGUUUACCGAUACGUUAAAUAAAGUUAGUCAAUCGUCAACAUUUUCAACAACACCAAUACGUAUAUCAGGUAUCUCGGGUGUAUCAACAUUAAAAGAUAUCUUUUUCUCAACUCAACAACUUCGUUCACAAUACACAAAUUUUAAAUUAGUUAAAUCUGAUAGAGAUAAAGAUCGUGAUCGUCAAUCGGAAACUGAUGGACCGAAUAAUCGUGAAUUAUUACUUUGGAUUGUUCGUUUAAUUAUUGUUGAUCCUUAUUUAAUGUUACAUAAUCCAAAUAAACUCGAUCAUGAAACACAAAUGUCCACAUUUGAAUUGAUUAAUGGUCUCGUAUCACUUGUUCAUGAUUCAUCGAUGCCAGAUGUUGCACAUACGGCCAUGGAAUCAUUGCUCGUUUUACAUGAAAAAGAAAAUAUUGAAUUGUGGAAUCCUGAAGCAUGUAUUAACACAUUUUGGUCAAUAUCAUCACAAGUACUCUUCUCUAUUUCACAAAAAUUAGUUUUACAUCAAAUCUACAAUUAUCCAUCGGUUCUUAAAUGGUUACGAGAAAUUUUAGUGUUAAGAAAUACGUUUUUGUUACAUCAUAAAGAUAAUGCUUAUUUAGGUUCAAAUAUACCCAUGGCUAAACAUGCACAUAUGAAACUAGAAAUUGUAUUUUUCAUUUAUCUCUGGUCUGUGGAUAUUGAUGCGAUAAAAACAGCUAUGUCUUGUUUUUCAUUAUUUUGUGAAGAAGCAGAAAUUCGUUUUGGUUUUGAUGAAAUGGCUGUACUUCAACUAUUACCAAAUUAUAACAUAUACAUGGAACUGUCACAUGCAUCAAAUACAGUCACAUCGGGAAGAAAUGCACUUCAAAAGAGAAUUUUGUCAUUAUUAAGAAAAAUUGAACAUGCUACCCAAGGAAAUAAACAAGCAUGGUACGAUACGUAUGUGUCACAACAAAAUGUCACAAAAUUUCUCAAUGUAUAUCCGAAACGAGUGGAAGAUUUAACGGGAGCAACAAGUGGUAGUAGUGAAAGUGGUGGAUAUAAGUUCGGAAAACGAAGAGCAGGUGUACAUAGUACCGAACAUGAAGAUAUAUUUCAUGAAUGGGCGAAUAUGACCGGUUUUCUAUGUGCACUUGGAAGUGUAUGGUUGCCAGCUAAAAAUAGACCAGGUCAACAUGGUAUACCAGCUGACAGUCGUCGUACGUCCAUGGAACCUGUUAGCUCUGAUUUACAUUAUUGUCCAGUUACACAAUUCAUUGGUGAUUGUUUAAAAUAUUUGGUUUGUAUGAAUGAACGAUUCGGUGUUCAAAUUCAGCGUCAUAUUCAAGAUUUACUCGGUCAUGAAUUGAAUCCUCUCUGUUAUCCGAUACUAUUUGAUCAAAUUAAAAUCACUGUAGACAAGUUCUUUGAUGCGAGUGGACAGGUUAUCUCCUCUGAACAAAAUACUCAAUUUAUCGAUAAUGUUAUUGUUAUUAUGCGCAGCGUCUUCGAAAUGAAAGUUGAAUCGGGCAGUACGGAUAAUUCUUUAUCAACUGUUAGUAUAGAACAAUUAAUGUUAAAUAUUGUUCGUUAUUCUCGUCAUUUGGAUACAUCGGUAGCCACAAUUCAAAUUCGUUCACGUGUCUGUCAACUCGUUGAAUCAUUGAUGAAACGCCGUGAUGAUUUAUCAUUUCGUCAAGAAAUUAAAUUUCGAAAUAAAUUGGUCGAAUAUCUGACCGAUUGGAUAAUGGGCAAUUCACAUCAAUUUAAUGUUCAAUUUGGUGAUCAAUAUCAACAUUUAACGAGAGAACUCGAUCAAGCAUCAAUGGAAGCUGUUGCAUCACUUCUCGUUGGUCUUCCAUUGCAACCAGAAGAAUCAGAUAGAGGUGAUUUGAUGGAAGCGAAAUCGCAAUUAUUUUUGAAAUAUUUCACGUUGUUUAUGAAUUUGUUAAAUGAUUGCUCGGAUGAUUUAAACGAUGAAGGAAGUGAUCAAGAUUUGGCUACAUCUGGUGGUGCAGGACAACAACAGCAACUGCAGACGAGUUCACUGAUGAGUGUGAUAAGUCAAGCAGCAUUUAGCCCACUGAUGGGUCCAGGGCGAGCAUUUAACACACAACAACUGGUAAAAUCUCAGCAACAAUCAAAAACACAAUCACUAAGAAAUAGUACCAUUGUGGCUAUGUCAAAUCUGUUGAAUGCAAAUAUUGAGAGUGGACUCAUGAGAAGUAUCGCUUUGGGUUAUCAUCGUGAUCCAUUGACUCGUGCUGCCUUUAUGGAAGUUCUCACACAAAUAUUACAACAAGGAACAGAAUUUGAUACAUUAGCCGAAACUGUGUUAGCAGAUCGAUUUGAACGUUUAGUGGAACUUGUGACAAUGAUUGGAGAUAAAGGCGAACUGCCUAUCGCAAUGGCGUUAGCAAGUGUCGUUUCUGUACAAUAUAUGGACGAAUUAUCUCGCGUAUUCGUGACCGUUUUUGAUGCCAAACAUUUACUAAAUCAACUAUUAUUCAACAUGUUCUCAAAAGAGGUGGAAGUAGCCGAUUGUUAUCAAACAAUUUUGAGAGGAAAUGGUCUUCCAACUAAGAUCAUGUCAUUCUGCUUUAAACUUUAUGGAUCACACUAUUUGUACAAUCUUUUCGCACCCAUAUUACAAAAGAUGAAUAUGGCCGAAUCAUCACAAUCUCGCUCGUACGAAGUUGAUCCAUCACGCAUUGAAUCACAAGAAAAUGUUGAAGAAAAUCGAAAAAAUCUCAGACUACUUACACAAGAUGUAUUUCAAGCCAUCAUAUCAUCGACAAAAAUGUUUCCCUCCCAAUUAAGAAUACUCUGCUAUUGUCUCUAUCAAGUGGUUAGUCAACGAUUUCCUCAACAACCAUUACAAGCUGUUAGUACAGUCAUCUUUUUGCGCUUUAUUAAUCCUGCUCUCGUUCUUCCACAUGAAUUUGGUAUUACAGAAAUUGAACCACUGCCAAGAGUCAAACGUGGUCUAACAUUAAUUUCAAAAAUCUUGCAGAAUAUUGCCAAUAAUUUAAAUUUUACUAAAGAAUUUCAUAUGCGAUGUUUUAAUGAUUUUCUAAAGUCGACAUUUGAUACAGCAAUGCAGUUUGUUAUGGACAUAUCGUCGGAACCUGAUCAAGGAACAGACAAUUCCAUGAAUAAUUAUACAAUGUCAUAUAUUAGUGAUGCAAAUGUAUUAGCUUUGCACCGUCUAUUAUGGUAUCAUCAAGAAAAAAUUGGUGAUUAUCUUUCGUCUGGUCGUGAUCACAAAGCUAUCGGUCGUCGUCCAUUUGAUAAAAUGGCUACAUUACUCGCCUAUCUGGGUCCACCAGAUCAUCGUCCACUCGAUUCACAAUGGAUCUCGUACGAUAUGACAUCGACAAAAUUCGAAGAAAUGAUGCAAAAAACACAAAUGCACGAACGUGAAGAAUUUAAGAGUCUAAAAGCCUUAAACAUAUUCUAUCAAGCUGGUUUUUCAAAACAAAAUGAUUAUCCAGUAUUUUACUAUAUUGCUCGUCGAUUUAAAGUAAAUGAAAUGAAUUGUGAUUUACUCAUUUAUCAUGUAUUGUUAACAUUGAAACCAUUUCAAAAUAAACCAUUUGAACUUGUUAUCGAUUUUACUCAUACGUGUACAGAUAAUCGAUUUAAAACGGAUUAUCUUUCAAAAUGGUUUGUGUGUAUGCCCGAAUGUUUUUAUCAUCAUUUACAACAAUGUUACAUUUAUAAUUGUAAUUCGUGGGUAAGAGAAUAUACAAAAUAUCAUGAUCGUCUAUUAUCAUCGUUGAAAGGGAGUCGAAAAUUAGUAUUUAUUGAUCAUAUUACGAAAUUAAACGAAUUUAUUGAACAAGAUCAACAAAAAUUACCUGGUCAUACGCUCUCGUUAGAAGAAGAUUUGAAAGUAAGUGAAGUUCCAAUACUAUCGAGACAAAUGAUUUUAAUGAUAUUCAAUUUUUUUAUGAAUAUUUUUUCUCUGAUAUUAAUAGUAUUUUUUUUGUCUAAGGUAUUUAAUAAUGCUUUAAAACUAUCACAUAAAGAUACAAAAGUGGCUAUUAAAGUUGGUCCACAAGCUAUUCAAGUGACAUCAUCGGAAAAAACAAAAGUUCUUGGUCAUAGUGUACUAUUAAAUGAUGUUUAUUAUGCAUCAGAAAUCGAAGAAGUUUGUCUUGUUGAUGACAAUCAAUUUACGCUAACUAUUGCCAAUGAAACAGGACCACUGUCAUUUAUUCAUAACGAUUGUGACAAUAUUGUACAAGCAAUUAUUCAUAUAAGAACACGAUGGGAGUUAGCUCAGCCUGAGAAUAUCCAGAUCCAUAAUAAAAUUCGUCCGAAAGACGUACCCGGUACACUGUUAAAUAUUGCUUUAUUGAAUUUGGGAAGUCUUGAUCCAUCAUUACGUUCAGCUGCUUACAAUUUGUUAUGUGCAUUAACUCAAACAUUUGAUCUGAGAAUCGAAGGUCAAUUAUUAGAGUCGAGUGGUCUAUGUAUACCAUCAAAUAAUACUAUAUUUAUUAAAUGUAUCUCAGAAAAACUUGCUCAAAAAGAGCCUCAUUUAACGCUGGAAUUUCUUGAAGAAUGUAUUGAAGGUUUUCGAAAUUCAACUAUUGAACUUAAACAUUUGUGUUUGGAAUACAUGACAAAAUGGUUACCAAAUUUAACACGAUUUUGUAAACAGAACGAUGAUAAUAAACGACAAAAAGUAGCACAAAUUCUCGAUAAAUUGAUCACAUUGACAAUCGAAGAAGAUGAAAUGUAUCCAUCGAUUCAAGCAAAGAUUUGGUCGAAUAUUGGUCAAGUAUCAGAUUUACUCGAUAUUGUGUUAGAUUGUUUCAUCAAACGAAGUGUGUUGGGUGGAUUGGGUUCAUUACAAGCUGAAAUUCUGGCUGAUACAGCGGUGGCAUUAGCCAGUUCAAAUAGUCUCCUAUUUUCAAGAAAAGUUAUUGGUCGUCUAUGUCGUUUAAUUGAGAAGACGUGCAUGUCUCCAACACCGACAUUGGAACAGCAUUUAAUAUGGGAUGAUAUUGCUAUUUUACUUCGUUAUUUAUUAAUGUUGUCAUUCAAUAACUCACUGGAUGUCGCUUCUCACCUGCCCUUUUUAUUUCACAUUGUCACUCUACUUGUUUCAACUGGUCCUCUAACACUACGAGCCUCGACACACGGUCUUGUUAUCAACAUUAUUCAUUCAUUGUGUACUUGUUCGCAACCAACAUUCAGCGAUGAAACACAACGUGUUCUUCGUUUAUCAUUAGCCGAGUUUUCUCUACCAAAAUUCUACUGUCUAUUCGGUUUGUCAAAAGUAAAAUCAGCUAGUGUCACAGCAUUUCGAACGGGUAUUGUACGACAACAACAUGCUUCAACUGGUUCUCUAUUACAACAACAUCAAGAACGAACAAUGCCAGCAAUGAUUGCCUAUUCACCAUGUGAACAAGAACGAAUGUCAUUAUUGUCAUUAGAAACGAUUACCGAUACUCUUCUCGAAUUAAUGGAAGCGUGUAUGGUUGAUAUUACACAAUGUGAAUGGUUAGCACAAUGGCAAGAAUUAGCCAAGAGAUUUGCAUUUCAAUUUAAUCCCGCUCUACAACCAAGAGCCAUUAUCGUCUAUGGUUGUAUAUCAAAACAGACGUCGGAUGCAGAUAUAAAACAAUUGUUACGUAUUUUAGUCAAAGCAUUAGAAUCGUUUGUCGAUAUUGAUUUGAUUGAUUCGAUCAUUAUGUGUCUUACUCGUCUUUUACCGUUACUUUCACAAGAAUCACUAAUUCAUAAAUUUAUGUUUUGGAUUGCGGUAUCGAUUUUACAAUUGGAAGAAACACAACUAUAUGCAAGUGGUUUAGCGUUAUUGGAACAAAAUUUACAUACACUCGAUCAUAUGGGCACGUCAAUCUUUGAAAAGGGAACAUUAGAAAAGAUAAUGAUGGAUGCACGAGAACCCUUAGAAUGGCAAUUUAAACAAUUAGAUGCUAGUAUGGGAUUAUCAUUUAAAUCAAAUUUUAAUUUUGCAUUAGUUGGACAUUUAAUUAAAGGUUUUCGUCAUCCUGUUCAAAACACUGUUGUUCGUACAAAUCGUGUGCUAAACACACUCUUGGGCAUUGUUGCCAAAUGUGAUCAACGUGAUAAAUUCCAAGUGACACCCACAUCAGCACCGUAUUUAGCUGCUCUUAUCAGCGUAUCGGAAGAAGUUCGUACACGAUGUCAUUUAAAACAUCGAAAUGUGUUGCCUCAAUCUCAAAGUACCACAUCAAUAGCUGAUUUUGUCAAUGUUCAGGCAGCAUUUACUGGCGGCCAUCAACAAGGUCAAUCGGUGAUCGCAACAUCGACAACAAAUGGACCACGUCGUCAGAAGAGUUGGGAAAUGAAUGCUGAUCAACGUGGAAUUGGUCAACAGCAACGAGCAAAAAAUACACGUUUAUUAUUUAUACAAAAUCCAUAUGUUAGACAUUGGAAUAGUUUUGAUCUUGAGCAUGCUGUACCUCGUAUUUUAUUGAAACCGACUGUUCAAAUGUUACCCUUAUUACAGCAACCGAAACGUUUAGUUCAAGGAAAUAUUCCAGCGAUAUCGGUUAUUCCAAGUGGACAACAAACGCUUGAUCCAAUACCUCAAGGUCGUGAUCGAUCAGAAAGAAAUUCGAUUAAUGAAAAUAAUGUUUUAUUGGAUCCAGAAGCUCUCACCGAUACAUCUACACAAGCACUCCUCUUAACCAUGCUGGCAACCCUUGUUCGUAAUACAUCUGAUGAAAAUGAAAUGCGUAUACUAUACGAAUAUUUGUCCGAAGCAUCCGUCGUAUUUCCCCGUGUAUUUCCAGUCAUCAACAAUUUACUCGAUUCCAAAAUCAAUUCAGUUCUUUCCCUCUCACAUGAUGAAUCAAUUUUGAAUUCGGUUCAAUCGAUUAUUCAAAAUCAAAUUGCAACAUGCGGUGAUGAUUCAUCAACACAACAGCAACAACUCUCCUAUUUACAAUCGUGUGGUUUUGGUGGUCUAUGGCGUUUUGCUGGCCCAUUUAUGGUAUCAAGACAAAAUCCCGACAAUGUUGAAUUAUUUGUCAAUUGUCUAGAGGCAAUGGUUGAAACAUGUUUACCAGCUGAUGAAUCUGAUUUGACUUCACAACUCAAUUCACAUUCAUCACAAACAUUUCCUAUUACCGGUGGUCUACAUUCAGCAAUUAAUGUUAAUUUGUCGAGUUCAUUAUCAAGUGUUAGCAUGGAUUCUGUUCGUUCGCCAACGGACAAAGAUCAAUCUUUUGAUUUAAAUGAUUUGAAUCGUCCACAGCAAUUUGGCCGUGUACGACCAACGAUUACGCAAAAACCAAAUCUUAUUUAG